GUUUUCGUGUUUUUUUUUUGUUGUUUUUUUUUUUUUUUUUUUUUUUUUUUUUUGCUUCAAAUCGCCAUCACCAUAUAAUGAACAUUGAAAUUUUCAUUUCGACGAUUUUGUGCUGUGUUCUGUUUUUAACUCUUUUACAUGAGACUUACGAGGAACCAUCUGAACUGGUACGUAAAUAGAAACAUUCACCUUGUCUAGGUUCAGACAAUGAUGGAAUAACAAUAGAAACAUUCGUCUUGCCUAGGUUCAGUCAGUGACACUCUGUUUUUCCCUAUAAUAGCUUUAAAACUUCAUUGUUAUUUCGGAUUUCAAACAUUUCGAUUGAGCAUCACUGAAGAGAUAUUAUUUGUCGAAAUGCAUCAAAAUUGGUACCGUAUAAGUUUUACAUUGUACGCAGACAUAGAACCAUGAUGUUUUAAAUGUGUAUCACAUGUGUAAGUAUUACUGAGCAAGAUAUUUCCUGAAAUUCCUCAUUCUUCCUCAAUAAUACAUUUUUUCUAUAUUUGUACUUUUCUACUUAACAUGCCUCACACAUGUACAUACACUGCUAUCAUAAUGAUUAGAUAAUAACAGCGGAUAUUGAAUGUUAAAUUUCCUGAAAUUAAUUUUCCUCCUCGAUCUGUUUUAUAUUUUUUUAUUUGCUUCAAAAUCGUCAUUAUCAUAUAAUGAACAUGGACAUUUUCAUUCGGACGAUUUUGUGCUGUCUUCAAUUUUUAACUGUUUUACAUGAGACUUACGAAGAACCAUCUGAACUGAAUUACGGAUAUACAUUCAAUGUGACUUCAGUUACCGAAUGUCCAUUGAACAAAGAAGAAUGGGAUGCUGCCUCGGACAGACUGAAUUGUACCGAAACGCAAGGCUACCACUGUGUUCCAGAUAAAUAUAUGACGUCACUUGUAGAGUUCUGCUACACACUGGGAAAGAAAUUUCCAUUUCAUGAAGGAAAUUGUCUUGAGCUUGCGUCGGAUGGAAUACUUAAUCAUUUUCCUUGUGCUAAAACCUUUUCUUGUGGAUGUCCCGAUAGUUUUUACUUCAGUAACGAGAUAUACAAAUAUCCCAAGUGCCUUCAAAUUAAUGCCCAGCUAGGAUGUUUCGACUCCGACAUUCAGUGCAUGAUCACAAAAGCUCUUAACCAAAAUACAAAUCUUACUAAAGAAGCGGAAGUUUUCAAUUUCUCCACGAAUUGUCAGGAUACCAACAUUCAACUUAUUGUGACAAGACUCUCCAACGAAACAACAUCUGUAAACAACACCUAUAACCACACUCAGUAUCAGACCACCUAUAAAACUACCCAGUAUGAGAGAGAAAGCAGUGGGAAAACCUAUGUGGAGCUCAUCGUAAUCCUAGCACUAUUCCUCAUCGUACUUAUGGUCCUGGUUUGGUGGGUUUACAAGAGACAUCAGAAAAUAAAGAAGACCACGGGACAGAGUCACCAAUUAGGUACAUGUACUACUUUUGAGGCUGCUGAAUUCUCAUCACAAGAAAAUUCACCCCAUUUGCUUAGAGAAGAAGAUACAAAGUUCUUGUGCCUGAUAGAUGUUUGCAGAGAAGGAAGAGAGAGCGAGUUUCAUUCUAGGACACAUCCACACUCGUUCAAUGAAGAUUUGCUCAACAAAACAGAUGCCAUGGGAUGGACUCUCCUUCAUCAUGCAGCGUACGGGGGAAAGUUAAGAAUGUUUCAACAUCUAAUGAGCUAUAGAAUCAUAGACUUGCGUGCAACCGACAUCAUAGGUAGGACAGUGCUUCACAUAUCUGCCGCUGUUAAAAAGGGGGAGGAAAAUGGGGGAAUAUUUGAGGCAAUCGUAGAAAAAGACAAAGGCCUUUUAGAGGUAGAGGAUAAAAACGGAUUGAUGCCAUUUUGUUAUGCAGCGCUUGCUGGAAAUAAAUCAAUUCUGGAGAAGAUAUCUAAUUAUGGCUUUGAUAUAAGAAAGCAAACAAAAUACGGAGAAACUGUUGCACAUUUAGCAUGUAUAGGAAACAGUUCGGAUGUUCUCCAGAUGUUAUCUAAAAUGGAUGAGAAAGGUAACCAAGAGUCUUUACAAAAUACAAAAGACCAGCAGAAGAUAAUAUCAACAAAGAACAAGAUGGAUUGGAAUCCAUUACAAUAUGCCGCAAAGAAUGGAAACAAAAACAUUUUGCAGUUUCUAGAUGAAGAAAAGGUUUGUGUUUUCUAUCCAACGGAGGAUUUGAAAUAUUCCUUUCAUACAGCAUGCGAAAAUGGAAAUCUAGAAGCUUGCAAAUACAUAGCAGGCAAAAGUAAAGAAAGCAUCUAUGCGCGUGAUAAGUCAGGGAGGCAUGCUGGUCAUUUUGCAGCUAAAAGUGGGAAUGUUGAAAUAUUGAAAUAUCUUGAAACUCAAGGCCUGAAUGCUGAUGGAGCGUCAUCCCAGAACAUUAAUAUUCUUCACAUAGCUUGUCGUCACGGGAGACUUGCCAUGUGCGAAUAUAUAGCAGAAAGAUAUCCAGAAUUAGUUACACAAGAAAGUAAAAAAGGAUGGAACCCAGCCCUAUUUCUUGGUGAAAGAGGGGGAGCAGAGGAAGAAAGAAUAGAAAUUUUAAGACAUUUAGUGACAAAACACAAUUUAUUCGUAUAUCAUGUGUCCAGAGCCGGAAAGUCCAUUCUGUACAACGCCUGUGUUAAUAGAUCCUACACACUAUGUGAGCAUCUUUUACAAACUUAUCCAGGUCUUUUAACAAUCGAAAGAUCAAUGGAUCCAAAAAGAGCAGCCAAGGAUAAAAAGAUCAAUGAACUGAUCAACAGACAUUCAUAAAUUUUCUCCAAAACUUCUGGUUAGCAGUUUGGUAGUGUUUACAAUAGAUGUUGUCUGAUGAGGAUAAAUAUAAAAAUGCAUUUGUCCUUUCAUUGGUGUUUUGCAGUAUCUUCCACGGUCACCUAUGGCCAGUUUGUGCUUGUCCAAAUAACAAAUUUUUGGGUUGGUUUUAAUUUCCCAUUAUUGCUGACAUGCAUUGAAGUAAUCUUGAUAUCUGCAUUUGUAACUGGAUUAUGUUCAUGGUGUUCCUUGUUCUACGUACUAUUCUCAUGAUCUCAUUUUAUUCAUAAUUUAUCUACAUCAUCUAAAACAGUCAUUUUUCGCUGUCUGGUGAAAUGAUUUGGCUUAUUUCAUUCACACUCAUUGCGUUUUAAGUACAACUCUGAGCAAGCUCAAAGCAUACUCGAAAUACCUUGACCAUGUACUCCAUUUGAGUAUGAGAAUAAUAUUGUAAAAGUCUUAAAAACCUUCACUUGUGAGUAUGAUUUAGCGCACAGACUUUGAGAUUGAGUAUGAAAACGUGCUAAAAAAAAGUUUUAUAAGCUCUAAACCAGGCCUUACCAGCUGUAUUUGUCCAAAUCCUGGUUAAUUUGACUCUAAUAUGCAAAGGAAUCAAAUAUUACUGGUAAGAAAUUAUAAUUCAUUUAUUUAGAUUUUGAUUUAGAUGAAUAAAUUUGCACAAAUGCCUACUUUUCCAUCAAGUAAAAAGUUAUUUUCCAAAUACAUAUAUGUAUGUACAGCGAUAUUUGUUUCCAGAAAUAGUGUACGUGGAAACAAAAUCAGAAUCGUGUUUUUGUCAAUUUCAUACCUUUUAGUGUAAACGACAACGCCAAACACAAGCAAUUCUUUCAGUAUUUGAUUAAAGUAAAAUGUAAUCCAUUGUUUUAAUUUGGGACUUUUGAUUGUCAUAUGAUUUUUCAGACUCAAUCCUGUUCAUAGAACUUAUAAAUCUGUAUCUGUAUAGAAUAUUUGUAUGCAUCUAGAUUGACUGAAAUGGAUUGUUGCGACUGAUCACGGUUGACAUAGAUGGGGCAAGGCCAGUUUAUAACAUAUAAUGAAAGAUUUUCGGUAAAGGAAUUAUACAUGUAGCCCCCUUCGUCAAUCUGGACUUUGUUUUGUUGUAAUCAAACUGCCUUAGUUUUGUGAUCUAGCACCACAUCGCCACCAGAUCGGGAUGGUGGUAUGUUCUUGUUUGUUGUUGUUGUUUUAUUAUUAUUUUGACUUUGUUUUUGGUUAACUUUAAUUUAUGCCCCGAUGCAGCAUAUGUAGAUCCUUAUUGCUCGAGGGUUAAUGUUGAUUUGCUGAACCACGGACAAACUUUAGAACUCUAGAAAUAAUCAAACAUCUCCGACUCAUCAUCAGGAGCUGUUGUCGUAACAUUAUACGAUCAAUCAUUGUUUGUCUUAUGUUAUAUGUACAAUUUGAGAAUCCUUUGAUUUUUGUAAGAUAUUUACUAAUAUAUGAUUUAUCUAUUA